UUCUUGCAUGAUUGCAUCGACAUUUCUCGUAGCGUACUACACGAUGACACCUGGUCCAACCACGCUCGACGGCGGCCGUAUAACGUUGGCCCACGGCCUGGCCAGCGCAAAAUUGUGUGCCCAGCAGUGUCUAGCAGUGGCAGGCGACUGCGUCGCAACGGCUGCCUGCACAACGACGUCCUCGUCAACGACCGUCGACUGUUACUUUGCCACCGCCGCGACACCGGAGUCCAGCGCGUCACAGGAUCUCGACGAGAAAUGCACCAUGUACACAAAAGCGAACCCCAAUGCCAAACUGGAGAUCGAUAACGCUGCCGUCUAUGCGAAACUGCAGGAAGCAAUUAAGAUGGGAGAGCUGAAUAUAUUCCUACCAGAAUUUUUGAUUGAUCGUCGCAAUACUACCAUGUUUGUUGCCGUCAGUAUCGCUGAUGUUUCACCCAAUUCUGAGUUGUCAA